AUGGCGGCGUCCGGUCGCCGCGCGCUCUCCAUCGACAUUGACUCCGUCGAGAAACCAUCCGCGGGUGGCGGCGGAAGAAGCGGCGGCGACGACGGCGCGGAUGACGCCGCACUCGGCGCUGCCAUGCCGAAGACGCCGUCGGAGCGCGUACGCGCUAUAAUCAUGCAGGCCGCCUCGGAGCGGGAGGACGCGGUCAAGGCGGAAUCGAGAGGGAAGCAGCGCGCCGCGGAGCUCCACGCGAAGCGACUGCGCAGUCGGCGGGGCGGCAUCGGUAGUAGCCGGCGCGCCGGCAACAACGCUAGUAGCAACAGUCUCUCCGAGUCUGAUCGCGAUGCGGCGUCGUCUGAUGCGCUUGCGCGCGAGGACGACGCGGCGAGCACGGGAACCGGCGGCGGCGGCGGCGGCGGCGGCGAGAAUUAUGAUUCGCUCGUCGAUAGCGGAUACGGAGAUUUUGUCGCGGAUCGGGAUGAUUUUUCUGACUAUCAAGGAAGCGAGAGCGGGUCGCACAACGACGAGAUACACGGCGGCUUUCACGGCGUGUCAAUUAGUCCGAUCAGGGCGGGGCCUAUGGGUCCGCGGUUCGGCGGAACGAGCCCCGGCAGCCCCGCGAAUUCGGAGAGCCAUCUGUUUCGUCGCGGUCCGAAGGGCUAUAGCGAUGCGGGAACGCCGAUGAGCGACGACGGCCGAAGCGCGGCCGGCGGUGACGUGGCAGAAGACAAUUUCGGAGAAACCGGGGAGGGUGGAGUUGGGGAUUUUUACGGGCAGCGGAAAGUUGGAAACGGGUAUAUUCAAAUGAACGCGGCGGGAACGGUCGCGUCGGGGUUCACGCUGCUGGAUAUGGGGGGUAAACGGCAGCAAUAUGGCGGAUAUUAUCGGGUAAGCUUAGAAAUUAACCCACGUGAGGCCAUGCGUGCGACGCACACGUGCGCGUGUGGAGCGCACGUGAAGGCACUCGCUGGCACACGCGAGCUGAUGAUGAGCACGUGUACAUACUACAUUUACACGCACGCACGCGCAUAA